AUUGCGCUUUAUCUCUUUCUCAGAUGCUAUUUUAUUGCCCUAAUACCAUGUAGAGUAUGGGAAAUGAACAAAGCGCUUCACAGACCGCGCCCCAGAGUGUGAAAGCGUCACAGAGAACUGCAGAAAGCCAGCGGGCUUCAACAAAGACAUCAGGAAUUGUUGUCGUUGGGACAAAAGAGCCAGAACUUUCGGGAAAUUAUUUGGAUAAUUAUAUUACACGGCUAGACACUUGUCCCUCGUUUCAGCCUAUUUUUCAGUCUCAAGGAAGUGGCGAAGGAAGACCACAACAGGGUGAGCUUGUGGGUCAGUUAGACUGGAAAGCGGCCCUUAAAGUUAGCACAAGGAUUCAAGAACAUUUGCAUAAAUGUGCAGAAGCAGUCUCGUCUGAUCAGAAUUCUUUGGCUUCACAAAUUAAGCAAGUAGAUGCACAGGCUUGCCAGAUAAUGCAAAAAUACACUGAGCGACAAAAAGCAUUUGCAAAGUACGCUGAACACAUGAGAAAAAUUGACGAGAUUUCUUCAAGUUUGAAAAGAGUACGAAUGAACCUAGAUACGACCUUCAACCUCCUUGACGAGUUGAAUAAAUAUUUGCCAGACGAAGAGAGAAUUGAUAUCAAAUAAAUAUUUGCUAUUUGUCAACUUGAAUGCAGUAAA